AUGGCCUGGGCUCUUUUCCUUCUGAUCCUCUUCACUCGCUGCACAGGAGUUUCCGCCCAGUUUGUGUUGACUCAGCCACUGCUGUUAUCAGCAUCCCCUGGAGAAACCAUCAACAUCUCUUGCACCAGGAGCAGUGGAAACAUUGCGAGCUACGCUGUCUCCUGGUAUCAGCAGAAGCCUGGCAGUUCCCCCAAGCCACUGAUAUUCGGCUUCAGCAGUAGAUCCUCCGGAAUCCCAGAGCGAUUCUCCGGUUCCUUCGACGAGUCAUCCAAUUCUGCCACCUUAACCAUCUCCAACCUCCAAGCAGAAGAUGAGGCUGUGUAUUAUUGCUUGUCGUACGACACCCCUGAACAGCCUACCAUGUUUGCGAUACAACCGUACACAGGAGUGGGAGAAGAACUUCCCGAGGACGGAUUUUGUUCCAGUGCCCAGCACCUGCAGCCCUUGAAAUCCUCAGAGACUGUGCCUCAAGGUGGGACCAUCACCUUGUCUUGCAGACACAGUAGCGGGACGAUCACGGAUGGCCUCUACCCGCAGUGGUUCCAGCAGAAAGGAGGGCAGGUUCCACGCCUGAUACUUUACCAAACCAGCUCCAGGCCGUCUGGCAUCCCAGCCCGUUUCUCCGGGUCCAAGUCAGGAAACACAAUGUCCCUGACCAUCACAGGAGCCCAGGCAGAAGAUGAAGCUACGUAUUACUGCUGUGUGCUGCAUCCAGGGGUGUCUUGCACAGCUGUUCAUUCAGAUGGGGAAGUGAGGCAAAAACCCUUUUAG